AUGAAGAGGAUGAGCAACAGGAGCGAUUGCAUCCAGCUGAUGCAGUCUUGCAGCUCUCUGUCCGGUGCCAAGCAAAUCCAUGCCCGGCUUCAGAAGAUCGCCCCGUCGAGCGACACCAUGCUGUGGAACAUGUUGGUCCAGCUCUACGGCCGAUGCGGCAGCGUCCUCCUCGCCCGCCAAAGCUUCGACCACAUUGCUUCCAAAGAUUCCGUGUCGUGGAGCACCCUGGUAUCGGCAUAUGCCCGAAACGGGCAUCUCGAGGAGGCCAAGGAAACUUUCGACAAGAUGCCCGAGAAGAACACGGUUGCGUGGACUGCCAUGCUGGCGGCAUUCGCCCAGCACGGCCACGUGGACAGCGCCCGGGCGCUGUUUGAUUCCAUGCCCGUCCAGGAUCUGGUGACAUGGAAUGCCAUGCUGGCGGCAUAUGCCCAAAACGGGUAUCUGGAGAAAGCACUGGAGCUCUUUAGUGCCAUGCCGUUGUGGAAUCUAGUGUCGUGCAACACGAUGCUGGCAGCAUAUUGGCAAAACGGGCAUCUAGACCUGGCAAAGAAUCUGUUUGAGGAGAUGUUGGACCACAACUUGGUGUCGUGGAACACGAUGCUAGCGGCGUAUUCACAGAAUGGGCAUUUGGAAGAUGCUAAGCAUCUCUUUGAUGCAAUGCCGCUGCUGGACCUUGUUUCAUGGAACACAGUGCUCUCGGCUUAUUUCCAGAAUGGCUAUUCAGAAGAAGGAUUGGCGAUAUUUGAUUUGAUGCCCGAGUGGAACAUCAUCUCUGAGAAUGCCGUGCUCGCUUCACACGCACAGAGUGGCGAUUUAGACGCAGCAAAGCGAGUGUUUGACUCGAUGCGCCAGAGGAAUCUUGUCUCAUGGAACUCGAUGCUCUCGGCUUAUGCUAACAGGAGCAAAGUUGACGAAGCUAAGAAAGCUUUCGAUUCAAUGCCACAGAGGAAUCUUGUGUCUUGGAACGCGAUACUCUCUGCUAAUGCCCAAAACGGGCGUUUGCAGGAUGCCAAAGAUUUGUAUGUAGAGACUCCUCUCGUGAAUUCAGUAUCUCGCAAUGCAAUUCUUUCUGUACAUACGCAAUGUGGGGAUUUAGAGCAGGCCAGAUACCUGUACGAAAGCACGCCGUACCAGGACAUGGUAUCGUCCAUCGUUAUGGUUGCAGCAUAUGCCGCUAGCGGGUAUUUGGAAGAAUCCAAGCGCUUGUUUGAAUCUAUGCCGGUACAAAAUCUGGUGUCAACUACCGCGCUGUUGACCGCAUAUUCCCAGAACGGGCAUCUUGACGUGGCCGAGCAGCUCUUCUACGAUAUGCCACACAGGAACCUCGUGACGUGGAAUUCCAUGCUCUCGGCAUAUUCCCAGAACGGGCAUUUUAAGCAAACAGCGAAGUUCUUUGAUGCGCUGCCAGAGAGGGACGUGGUGUCGUGGAGUGCAAUCCUGGCCGCCCACUCCCACAACCGGCAGUCAUCCCAGGCGUUGGAUGCGUUUGGUGUGAUGAAGACCGAGGAAUAUCCCGACCCUUCAUGCUUUGUGUCGGUGCUUGUUGCUUGUAGCCAUGGGGGCAAAGCUUCUCUAGGGAGGAAUCUAUUCUCCUCCAUGAUUGUAGACUAUGCCCUAACUCCCUCAAGGCAGCAUUUUUGCUGCAUGGUAGAUCUCUUGAGCAGAUCCGGGCAUCUGGAAGAUGCCGAGAUCCUCAUCACGGAGAUGCCCUGCGCUCCCACUGGCCCCGAGUGGAGAUGCCUUCUCUCGGCAUCUCGCGGAUCCAACGGCGGGGAUGACCCAGGGAGUGUGGCGUCGCGCGUCAUGAGCUUGGACGGGGAAGAUUCCGCGGCAUAUGUCCUGCUUGCCAGCACAUACUCCAACAAGCAAAAGAAGGAAAUGGCCGCCGCCGAGAUUCGAGCACGGGACCUCUGCCAAGGCGACGAACGUUUUCUUCCUUGUCCGGCAUUAAAAGUGACACCGCCUCCUUCGAAAGAAUAA